UCAUCAUUAUUAGAUAUCAUUUACAUUGUAGUAAUAAUCUUUUUUUUUUCUUUUUUUUUUUGGAAGUAACUUGGUAGCUUAACAACGUAGCUAUUUUCAACUUGUUCUAUAGAAAGAAUAGAAAAUGUCGAACAGAGGAAUCGAUUCGAUUAAUAAGAAACAAUAAGAGUCGAAUAUAUCGAGAUCGUUGGCGAGAAACGUUCCUUCGUCUAAAAGUCAAUAAAUUCUCUCCUCUCUCUCUUUCUCAUUCUCUUUACAACCGCGGCAAGGGAACUUUUGUCCGAUAAAUCAACGUCGAUUUCAUCCCUACGCGAGCAUCAAUUACAAGACCUUCUCGAGACAUUAAUUUAUUGUUGGAAAGUAACGUAAUCUACGAACUCGUUGAUAUUAUUCGUCGUCGUUUAAAAGAAAAAAAAAAAGAAAAAGAAAAAAAAGAAGAGAAGUGGACAGAUUUCCCGAAAUCAAGUGCAAUCUUUUUGAUGGAACAACACUAAGUCUAAGAUUCAUCCCCAACUUCAAAAAAAAAAAAAAAAAUCAGAAAAAGGGAAAAAUCAAGAAUUUCAAAUUGAAAUAAAAUAAAAAAAGAGACAGUUUAUAGCAGCUUUUGGCAGCAAUACGACUAAGAUGGCAGACGAGUUAUUACUUUCUGCAUUGGGAUUAACGACGGAUACAAAUUUCGAUAAAACAUUACCGUCACCCUGUAUACCAAAUCUACCUUCCGAAUACGAAUCCUCGUGCAGAACACCUUCGAGUGAUGAUUCAGAGAUCAUCGAUAAUCAUGCAACGAUACCUUUGACAACACCUGUGGAAUGUUACACCGAAUUAACGUGUUCACCGAAAGAUUCGUGGAACGAUUGGAUGACCAAUGCAUCUACAUCUUCCUCGGGUUGCUUGAGCGAAUUGAGCGAAUUAGAUUCAGAAUUGGAAUGGUGCUUAGACAAAACAUGGAACUCAGGUCUCCCAGAAAGAACGCCACUUUGUACAGCAGGAUGUGAAGGAUUUUUACAUUUGCCUUUGCCAAAUCCUCAACAAGUAUUCAAUCAUGACGAGCCCUUACUUGUACUUGGUAUCGAUUUAAGGGCAUUAGAAAAUUCAUUAGGACAGGAAGAAAUAAAAAUCAAAUCACUGCAUUUUAUAGUUACAGAUUACAAUAAUAAUCAAUUAGAAGAGAAUCUACUAAUUUCAUCAGCAGCUAAUGCAGCAUUGGCAACUCACGAUUAUACUAAUCGUAAUUUGACUAAUGCAGUCGAAGACAGAUGUUUUCCAUGUACCUAUCAAGGUUGUCUAAAGGUCUACGCGAAAGCAUCUCAUUUAAAAGCUCAUCUAAGACGCCAUACCGGAGAAAAACCGUUCGCUUGUACAUGGUCGGGUUGCGGAUGGCGUUUCAGCCGAUCAGACGAAUUGGCAAGGCAUAGAAGAUCACAUUCAGGAGUUAAACCCUAUCCUUGCGAAAUGUGCUCGAAAAGAUUCGCACGUAGCGAUCAUUUGGCUAAACAUCGUAAGGUGCAUAGAAAAAAUACUUAUCCGUUGUUUCAAAAUGGACGUGGUGGAUUUCGUAGUGGAAAAACUAACGUAUUACAGGAGAUUUAGUGUGAAUUUUUCAUUAUGUCAAAGAUUCAUUCAUUUUUGUUUAAAGUUAAAACAACAGAAAUAGAAUUCGUGAAGAUUUAAAGAGUAUAAGUUAUAAUACCUCAUGCAAAAUACUCUAGUGUGUAUAUUAUUAUUGUGUUUCAUAUAUAAAUAUAUAUAUGAAAUGAAAGCGUUAAAAAAAAUAAAAUAUACACACUUUCAAGAUAA